AUGGGGAGAAGGAUUCUGAAUGAUGCUUUGAGGAGUAUGGUGAAUGCAGAGAGGAGAGGGAAAGCUACGGUGGAGCUCAACCCCAUCUCCGGUGUUAUCUCUUCCUUUCUUAGCAUCAUGAAACACCGAGGAUAUAUCAAGGAUUUUCAAGUGUAUGAUCCGCAUAGAGUGGGGAGAAUAACAGUGGAAUUACAAGGUAGGAUUAAUGAUUGCAAGGCCCUUACGCAUCGACAAGACAUCAAGGCAAGGGAUAUUGAAACCUACAGAUUGCAUACUCUUCCAACACAUCAGGUUCUCCUUCUCUCUUUGCAGUGGGGUUAUGUUGUGAUUACAACUCCUGAUGGUGUUUUGGAUCAUGAAGAGGCCAUUAGAAGAAAUGUAGAAGAAAUAUAG